UUCUUUCUUUUUCUUUUUUUUUAAUUAUGGACGAACGUAGAAGACAACGAAGACAGCAACGUAUAUUGGCAUCAGGACAAAGCCGUCUUGGCAAGAUUACUUCUACUGCCUUUCGUAAUAAGAAACUUGUUUUUUUAAAAAAUUGUGUAAACUGAUCAUGUCAAUAUACAGCUGAACAGACUCAUUUUUCAACAAAAAGAAGAGAUAGUACCGAGGACCCUAGUGAGGAAUUAGGUGCACCGCCACCAUUGUUACCACAGCUCGAUGAUCCAUUCCUUGCAAUGAACCAUAAUAACAUGAAUGACAAUCCAUUCUUUGCAAACAAUCCUUUUUUUACAGCCAAUGUCAACAACAACAGCAACAAUAGUAAUAAUACAACAAUUAGCCAAGAUGUUUCUGUCAAAUAUUGGAAUUUGGUCCGAUUGUUUCUGAUGACACUAUUGGGUCUAUUUAUUGUUUACAAGGAAAGAUCAGUUAUGGGUCGAGAUCAAUUUGCUUCUUUAUUGCAUCAAAACACCAUCAAUUCUCCAUAUACUUCUCUAUUUUGGUACUUUGCUCUUGUCGAACUCGCUUUACAAACAGCUCAGAUGAUGUAUCAUAAGGGAUCUAUUCCGAAUACACCAUUCUUCGUGACCAUGCUCCCACCACCACUCAAUCAGAUAGUCACUCUCUUUUUACGGUACAAACUCAUUUGGUCAUGUCUAGUACAAGAUAUAUCUGUAUUGGUCUUUGUCAUUGGUUGUUCAAUCGUUCUAUCCUGUUUAUUUUAACUACUCAUGAUUUGUUCACAAAUGGCACUUGACUGCACACGAGCAAUAUCUAAUGUUUUUGAUUUUCCAUCACCUACAAAUUGACACAUAUUAGCUAAAGUCUUUAAAAAGUACACACAAUAUAUUUACUAUAAUGAAUGGUCACUGUUG